GGCCGUUCCCCGCUACGGAAGCUAGGCACGGCCUGCUUGACCCAGUCCCAGCCCCAAUAGGCGCGGCCCAACGGGCCGCUUGGGUGUGUGCUCUGGAUAACACUCGGAAGGAACGCAACGAAAAAGAGACACAUGAUUUGGCGAAGAGCUGCAAGACGUUCGUUCAUCGUUGGCUACUUCUCUAGCGGCCAAGUAGAACGCGGCCAGAAAGAAGAAUAUGGAACGUAGCUGUACUACCGAUACCGGGUUACUCGAUGUACUACCGGGUUAGUCAAGGUGCCCCAAAUUUUGUUAGUCAAGGUCAUGGCAAAAAAACAGGCAAGGUCGGCAAAGCCAAGGAACGGGCCGACAUUGGGCACGCUAGUUACGUAGCUACUUAGCCGAAAUCCGAAAUCUAGCAAGCUUCACCGUCAUCAUGAGCCAUCAUUAGCUAGCAGAGUCACACCAUUGCAAAGCUUCACACUAUUGCAAUCCUCGUCGUUCUACCUAGCUAGUGCAGCAGUCUCUGUCUUGUUUCUUAUAGGAAGUCGAUGGAUUCCGCCCGUAAAAUGCAUCGCUUGCGAGUGCCUUACUUUUGUGUAUUUAGGUCAAGCUCGUCGCGCAUAAGUUCGCAUUCGUCUGCCCUGUUUUUGGUGGAAAACCGAUGGACUCAGCCCGUAAAAUGCAUCGUCUGCAGAGAGCUUCCGUCAGGUUUGUCAUGCAUAGGCUGCAUGCAUCUGCGUCCUGUUUUUUCUAUGAAAUCGAAGGACUCAGACCGUAAAGUGCCGCGUUUGCGGAGACCUUCCGUCACGCUUGUCAUGCGUAAGUCGGGAAGUUCAUCCGUAGCACCCAUCUUCAAAAACAAGGGAAAAAAGCUUCCCUUUCAUCCGGAAAAACACCUUGGCGCCGGACCCUAAUCCGCGGGGGGCUACGCGCCUGGCCCCAUCGCAUCAUCAAGAGUUGAGCCAGCCCCAAGAGCUGAUGCCCAACCGGAGAAAGUCGAGCGCUUCGCCUUGCCUGAAGACGAGCCGGUGGCUUCCCGGCGGGCGCCUCGGCGCUCGCCUCAAGAGACUGAGGAGAGCAGAGGCCAGGCGCCCCAAGAGCUGAGCUCACAUCUUUGGCUCACAUUUUUGCUGCACUACCGGGAUAACAAUCACGAAUCCCACUCCGAUCGCGAUAAAUUUCGCGACCUUGGGAGCAGUUUUUUUUUGUUUUUUCGUUGCGAAUCCUUUUGCUAUCCCGGUAGCGCAAAGACCUGAAAUCCGCCGUAGCAGGGGUGUUCGGGUUUGCACUACCGUACGAAAAUAAUGAAGGAAACGCAGCCACUACCGAUUUAGUAUGGGAAUUAUUAUCCCGGUAGUGCAUUGAAAACGCAGAUCGGUAGUACAAAGACUGAAAAUCCACCAUGAGUACAAAGACUGAAAAUCCACCGUAGUACAAAGACUGAAGAGCUGCAAGACGGGCGUUCAUCGUUGGCUACUUCUCUAGCGGCCAAGUAGAACGCGGCCAGAAAGAAGAACCUUGCUACUGUCUUACCUGAUUCCUUUGCGACAAAUUCCGGAAAACCUAUAAACAUCAACAUGUACUAUCAGGAGGAACAGAUGAACAGUUUCGUCUUGGAUUUCGAU